AUGAACAAUCCCCUUCAUCGACAAACAAUCAAAAUACUUACUUACAACAUUUAUUGUCGUCCACCAGGAAUUACUGCACGAGGAAAUGAUUAUAAGAAAGAAAGACUAAUGACGUUUUGUGAUGAAGAACUUAACAAGUAUGACAUAGUGGCAUUUCAAGAGUUGUUUGGUGCAUUUUCAUCUAAACGACGAAUCUUCAUAGAAAAAGCAAAACAACAAGGAUUUGUGUAUGAAGCUCAUCUAGAAAGACCAAAAUGGCCUAUCUAUCCAGUUGAUGGUGGUGUAUGUAUAUUAUCACGUUUUCCCAUUGUAAGUCAACACCAAAAGAUUUAUACAAGAGGAUGUUAUUCAGAUGGAGCAUCUGCAAAAGGAGUUAUUCAUACAAAAAUUGACAUUGGAUUUGGAAAAGAAAUUCAUCUGUUUUCUACACAUCUUCAAGCAGAUUAUUAUGAAAGUAGAGAAGACAAUGCCAAAUCAAGACGUCAUCGAAAUACACAAAUCAAUGAAUGUCUUCAUUUUAUUAAUGAAUGUACAGCACAUGACAAUGAUCCAAUCAUAUUUGAAGGAGAUUUAAACAUUAAAGGAGGAACAAAAGAAUAUGAUGAUUUUCUUACCACUCUCCAUUCUAAUGAAUUUGAUAUUGAAGCACAUGACUUUUUGUUUGAGGAUAAGAAAGUUCAUCCAAUCACACACAGUGAAGUUAUCGAUGGAGAACAAGUUGACACAGUUAUUACAUCUAAAGUUCCAGCUCCGAUUAAUGCACGACUUGAUUAUAUUUGGGGAAUUAAGAAUGGAAGAGAAAGAAAAGAAUUAAAAGCCAUUCAAACAAAUGUAUGUAAAUUUCAAACAACAAACAAACCAUUUCCUUAUAUGUCUGAUCAUUAUGGAGUAGAAGUGACACUAGAAUUAUUGUAA